CUGGGAAAUUGAUCCAUCGAUUGUGGGAAAAAUGGGGAGACAACCGUGUUGUGAUCGAGCUGGAUUAAAGAGAGGUCCGUGGACGAUGGAAGAAGAUCGAAAGCUCAUGAGUUUCAUCGUCAACAACGGCAUACAAUGUUGGCGAAUGGUUCCUAAGCUUGCAGGUUUGCUAAGAUGCGGUAAGAGUUGUAGAUUAAGAUGGAUUAAUUAUUUAAGGCCGGAUCUGAAAAGAGGGACACUAUCAGAAGCCGAAGAGGAUCAGAUAAUUGAACUUCACGCUCGUCUUGGUAAUAGGUGGUCUAAGAUAGCUUCACAUUUCCCUGGGCGUACCGAUAACGAAAUCAAGAAUCACUGGAAUACUCGAAUCAAGAAAAAACUUAAGCUUCUCGGGGUAGACCCGAAAACUCACAAACAUAUCGACGAAGAGAAAAAACAAGAUUCGGCAACCGAGAAUGAUCAAUAUAACAUCAUUUAUGAGGCAACAAUGACCAACGGAAAUACCCAAGUGGAUAUCAAAAAGACAAAUGAACACCGAUUCGAAAACGACACAAACUCCCAAAAUCAUCACACCAUGAUGUGGGGGAACUUCGACAUGGAUUCAUGGACGAACACGAACCAAGAAAAGUCAACGUCGAUUUCGAAAAGCGAUACCUAUUCGCUUUCUUAUGAGGAUUCCGUUUCAAUCAACCCUAAUUUUUCCAUCGAAGGAGAUUAUUCGUUACAAGAGUGGGUUGAUGGUGUAGAUUCGUUGUUGUUGUGGGACUGUUUCAAGCAACAAGAGGACACAUUUCUCGUUUUGGGGAACAAGUAGAUGUAAAAAUCAUUUUCUUUUUGUCCAAUUUAUAUAUAUGUUGUAUUAGGUCAUUUAUU